AUGGCGGAAAACCUGAGGAGGCUGGUCUCGAACGAAACUUUACGACGGUUGCAGGACAGGAUAGACUCCUGGGCCAAAGAGUACAACACAAACUCAUGUGAUCAGAAUCUAAAUUACUGCCUUGAAAUCAUUGAACAAGUUGCCAGAGUGCAGGGACAGCUCUUUGGAAUCCUCACUAUUGCAGCCCAAGAAGGAGGACAUAAUGAUGGUGUGGAAACAAUCAAGUCUCGCCUUUUGCCUUGGCUGGAGGCUUCUUUUACUGCUGCUUCCAUGGGAAAACCUGUUGACAGCAGGGUCCCCUCUCUACAGGACACAUUUGAAAGGGAGAGACUUAAAGGGAGUAGUCCUCGGGACCUUAAAGGGAGGAGUAGUCCCCGGGACCUUAAAGCGAGUAGUCCUCGAGACCUUAGAGCGAGUAGUCCUCGGGACCUACAACAACUAGACUCUGACUUGAACUCAACCCGUAAUCAACUCAACCAGGUUAAAGACGAUCUUGCUGAAACUGGAAAGUCUCUCGAAGAAACCAAGAACAGAUCUGCCAUAUCCCUUUUGGCUGCAGAGGAGGAAAUAAAUCAGCUAAAAAAGCAGCUUAAAUCUCUUCAAGCCCAGGAGGAUGCUCGCCAUAGGAACUCAGAACCUAGGCAGCAGCGGUGCGCAGAGCAGCGGAACCUAGAGCAGCGGUGCGCAGAGCUGCGGAGCUUAGAGCAGCAGCGGAGCUUGGAGCAGCGGUGCGCAGAGCAGCGGAACGCAGAGGUGAUCUCUGACUAUGAGAAACAGCUCCGAAACCUGAAGGAUGAGAUUGCUGUCUUGUCGGCUGAAAAAGCUGGUCUUCAAGGAAGGGCACCCAGGAGCCGGUCUCCUAGCCCUGGCCCACGCAGCCGCAGCCCCAGCCGGAGCAGGUCCAGCAGCCCCAACAACAAAAUCGCCAAGAUCAGAAACACGUCCCCAAACGGUGGUUCCAAAAUGUCCAGUGUGGCACGCAAAGCUGCUCUCCUGUCCCGAUUCAGCGACGCCUAUUCCCAGGCCCGCCUGGAUGCCCAGUGCUUGCUGCGGCGCUGCAUCGACAAAGCAGAGACAGUGCAGCGGAUCAUCUACAUCGCCACUGUGGAGGCAUUUCACGUGGCGAAAAUGGCAUUCAGACACUUCAAGAUCCGGGUGAGGAAGACAUUAACACCAAAUUAUGGAGGGUCGAAUGACUUUGAGAAUGCUGUCUCCGAAUAUAUCAUUUGCCAUCUUGAUCUGUAUGACUCCGUUAGCAGUGUUAACGAUGUGAUCCGUGCCAUGAAUGUCAACCCCAAGAUCUCAUUCCCCCCUGAAGUUGACUUUUGCCUUCUCAGUGACUUUAUCCAGGAGAUUUGCUGCAUCGCCUUUGCCAUGCAGUCCUUAGAGCCACCCCUUGACAUUGCCUUUGGGGCGGAUGGAGAAGUUUUUAAUGACACCAAGUACCGUCGUAGCUAUGACUCGGAUUUCACCGCUCCCUUGGUCUAUUACCACGUAUGGCCUGCUCUCAUGGAGAAUGACUGCGUCAUUAUGAAGGGAGAAGCUGUCACCAGGAGAGGGGCUUUUUGGAAUUCAGUGAGAGCUGUGAGUCGGUGUCGAAGCAGGAGUUUAAGUCCCAUUUGCCCCCGUAACCGCAUUGGUUUAAGCACGAUAUCUCGAAGUCGAAGUCCUUCUCCAAUAAGAUGUACAUUGCCAAGAGAAGCUGUCACUAACACAGAGCCAAAUGCACAUCUGGCCCAGGAGUUGAAAAAGCCGGAGGAGGCAGAGGAAGGCGGAACAGUUGCAGAUCCAGCUGCUGCCCGAAGUCACAGGAAACAAUAG